UGUGUUUUUUUCUAAUUUCACUGUCAUUAAUGUGAAUUUUGUGCAUAUUUUCUAUGCAACUGUUAUUUUGACUUAUAUUGUGCUCGAUUAUGUACAAAUAUAUGGUGAACAAGAUUCCGAGUGGCUGUAUUAACUAAAAUCAAUAACAAUCAGUGCCUAACAAAGUGACAAAGAUGAAUUAUGAAGCUGAAAGAGCGAUGAAUCAGAAAAGGCUCAGAAUGGAGGGUGAGCCAGGCCACGGCGUUGUCCAAGGAAACGGGCUCCCGCUAAAUUACCUAGACAACGGCCACCAAAUACCAUACCAGCCAUACGCCGGUGCAUAUAAUACCCACUAUCCGCCACCGGAUGCAUUUGCAGCUUACGGGCCUCCGCCCCCAGGGGGAUAUGCUCCUCAAAAUUUAUCAUAUGCCCCACCAGCACAUCAGAACUAUGCACAUCAUCAAAGUUUUCCCCAGCAGCAAGCUCAACUUCAUAUGGCACAGUCGCACAUGGGUAUGUUGUUUAAACCCGCAGUGCAAGGUUAUGCCCCGGAUGUGGGCAUCCACAAAUCUGCCUGGCCCCCACAGCCACACUUGUUACCUCCCCUUGAUGCCCAGAAACCCCUUGAUAUUAAACAACUGAAACCAGAAAUUAAAUUAGAGCCAUCUGACUCUCAGAAAAGACCACAUCCUGAGGCAGAGAUGAUUCAACCGGGUGACUUAGAGCAACCAAAAAUAAAAAUUAAAACAGAUAUAUUUAAACCAGAUGAUAUGCGAGUUGACGACAAAUCAAGAGAAGCAUCCAUGAAGCCACUGGAAGUCUCGAAACCAGACCAACUGGCUAAAGAUGAUGGCCUACCACGGGUAGAAUGUGAAAAGCCACCAGAAAUUGGUGUCCUAUCGGGCGAGGUGAGACCAAUUGAUCCUGGAACUCCUAUCAAGAAAAUGGAAGAAGAAAGAAAACCAUUCAGUAGUCCUGAUUUGUCUCGGGGUGGUUCUACUCCUGGAAAAAUUACACCUGGAUUAGAGCCGAAGAAACGCGGUCGUCCAAAAGGCUCGACGAACAAACCGAAGCCCCCCGGAACGCCCACCAAAGGUUCCCCCGGGGCUGCGACGGCGCUCCCCGCUGUUAGGCCUCCAGGGAUCCCCGGGGCCAGGUCGCCCGCGCCCGUGGGAAGGCCUAGGGCCGUGCCCUACCAGUACAAUGUCAGGCCGUUUAGGAAGGACUUCUCGGGGAUACAGUUCAGAAGGCGAUGGAGUGACGAUUGCCUGGACUCCUCCCACAUACCAAACGAGGUGUACUUCGGCGACGUACCAGUGCCCCUGUCGGUCCUAUACAAUUACUAUGACGCGAAUGCCGAAAGGGAGAGGCUGGCCAGCCAAGCGGCCCACAUCGCCGCUCAGAAGGCUGCCGCUGCUAAGUUGGCUGCUGCCAAGUUACGUGGAGUCGUCAGUGGUGAGGUGACGACAGUGGAUUCAUCAUCUGAUGAUGAGUCGUCAGGGUCUUCAGGAAGUGGCUCCGAGGAAAGUGAUGAGGAUCAACCCCUAAAGCGCGGGCCUGGCCGACCGAAGGGGUCCCGGAAUUCAACGCCCAAGACCCCCGGUACCCCAGCCGUGCCUGGAACCCCAGGCUCGGGUCGCCGUGGGAGGCCCCCGGUGCCCCCAGAAUUAAGGCAGCCGGGCAUCACGGAUAUGAAGAAGUUCUGUAAGGCUGCGGGAAUUCGGUUCGACUAUAAGAAGUUGGUUGAGGGUUGCACAAAGAACAAGGAGCGAGUGGCGAAAAUGCAGGAUUUACUGGAAGCGGCCGGUCUGGAGGGAAAGCCCACUCUGGAGAAGUGUAGGGCGAUAAAACAAGCGAAAAUGGACAAGAAGGAACAAGAGAAGCAGGCCAAGAAGGAUGCGAAAGCCAAGAAGUCGGAAGAAGAUGGCACGGAGGCAGUUGCUCGAAGAAUGACCCGCGGUGCGACGGGUGUGAAGCCCCGUCAGCGCAUCGUCAUAUCGUCUGAUGAGGAAGACGGCACUCCUGCAGCGAGGAGGACGGUCUCCAAGCUGCGGUCCAGCGUCAAUGACGAGUCUGACUCGCAGUAAUCUACAAUGUCAGUGGUAGGACAGACAAUAUCGGUACAGUGAGUGGUGGGACCUUCUAGAAAGUGCUUCGACAAAGGUCCGGGUUCAAGCGGGGUGGCUCUGAUUUCUGCGGGCCUAGAAAUCUAAAACUAAUGGGUGUUCCGGUGAAACCAAUGCUAAAAGUAAAAAUGAAUUUAUUAAUUAAUAUAAUUAAAGUAAUGUUAAAAAAAUCGGUUCUCAGAAUACAUAUAACCUUCAACUAUAGUCUGGAACGUCAAUCAAACUGAAAUCUGUCAAAGAGAUGUCAAACCAUUUUUUUCUGUAUGAAGUUUAACAAGACAGCGCUCAAGAUGAGAUUGUGAUUUGAGAUACUUUUUAGAAUAUGUAUCCUAGUUUGUUAAAAAGGGAAUAAACAACCAGAUAUAAUGGUCAUGGCCAUUCGGAACUACAUAUAUUGUUUUGUAAUUUUUUUUUUAGUUCUAUUAUAACUUUUUUCUAUUAAAUUAAACUAAUUCAUGAUUUUUUUUAAAUGUCUAUAAACAAAAUAGUCCAUCAAUUAUUAGAUUUAUGGUUUAGUAAAAUUUCCAUUCAGAACUAAGUGCUUCAUUGUUGUAGGUACGCAUAUUAAAGUAAUGGUGUGCGACAGAGAUAACACUCUAUGAUUCAGAGAUUAGCCGAUUGUCUCUUUCUAAAGGUUGAUGUUGUGGUUUUGGUUUCAUGGAACACCUAGUUUAGCGAUAAAGAUCAAGUCACUUCAGCUUUCUUGGAUCAAAUUGGUCCCAAAAUUUCCUACUAAUUUUAGGUCAAAAUUUAAAAAAAAAUAAGCGUGUGUAACAGGGGUGAUAACGUUUGGUCUAGUUGUGUUACGAAUUUAUACUUAAGGCUUGCACUGUGAUUUUUGUUACCGUAAAUUAUUUAUUGAAUUGCGAUAAAAUCAAAACCGAACCUUGACUUGUAUUUCAGAAGCUAGUCACUAUUUGAGCUUCCAAAUUUGGAACCAAACGUUUAUCACCCCUGAUGGUAGGUGAGGGAUAAUAAUGUCUGCAAUUAUUAUAUUUUAUACAUAUUUAUUUGGUUUUUUAAUGUAUUUUAAGGUGAAGAAAAUCAUGCUUUAAAUCACAAAUAAAAACGCAAAUUAAACUAAUUACAUAUUGUAUACUGGGUUUAAUUUUUAUUUACAGCGUUUUUAAACUGUUCCCUAAAACUAUUUCUUUAAAAAAAAAAAACAGUAGCAGACGCUGUAGCCAAUAUAAUAAGAAAAUAUGUUUUUAUUAAGUUUUCUUCACCUUUUUCAAGCUUAACUUCACUUUUGUUUGAGAUUAAAAAAAAAAUUGUAUUCAUUAUUUUAAAAAUGUGGGUAGACUACAAAGCGUAAAAAACAAGUACCCUCAAUACAGGAGAUAAUAAUAUUGAACUAGCAAUAAUUUCAGGUUUUUUUUAAUUGAGGAAAUCAUGACCCUACAUAAUUAAAAUGAUUUCCUCAAUUUCCUUAGGUUUUAGUAAAAAUUGUCAUACAGUACUUGGGGUACUUCCGUUUCAGCAGGGUUACCACACUCUAAUAUCGUACCACCGAAUUUCAAACGCGUUAAACAAAAGUUCAACGUGGCAAUUAUAGUCAGACAGUGGUGAUUGAACAUCGUUAUUAAAGAAUAGCCCUGCUAUGCCUGUAUUGGCUUUGAGUAGACAAUACUUGGAGAGUAUAAUAUAGCGGAUAAUUUAUUUUAUAUUGGCUAAAGUAGGAAUGUAAACCCUCGCUUAGGUAGAUGGCUUGGCACCCAGAAAUGUUCGUCUGUGCCUAAACAAUAAUUAUUGUAUGUGUGUGUGUUUUCAUUUACUAGCAGAAUAUUUAAGUCAGCAUAGAUGUCGAUUUAGUAGAUUACGUUAUACCAUUUAAACGUCAGAGUGACGUAUACGUUUUCCUUGAUUAAAAAAGCUAGUUAUAAUGGCGUCAUGCUGAUUAUUCUUACUAAAUCUAUAUCUAUGAAUUUAUAGAAUUUUUAUACAUGUAGCGUUUAAAAGAUGACUAUUGAAAUAACACCAAGUCGUUGGACAUUAGUGACAAAUAGUUUAUGUAUAUAAUAUUAUAGUGUGCGAGUCCUAUUAAUUUUGUACAGGUUAUGAAUUUUAUUUGGAUAUCGGCUUUGUAAAUAGGUGCUGUGAUGACAAAAUUAGAGCGAGGUUCAGUGACGUAUACGCGUAUACUCGAAUGUACGCAUACGCGUAUACGUUCACGCGUACGUACUAUUGUGACUACAAAAUGAGUUUUCUAAACCUUGCUAUUACAUUUAAGGUAAAAUAAAUCAAGAAUUAUAAUAAUUUUAUCCAUUAUAUUAUUUUAAUUAUUGACUAGCAUUUAUAUAGAUUUCCUAAAUAGAUUUUUUUCACGAUUUUUAUAUGUGAAUCUCAUUCAUUUAGUUAACGAAUUAUAUCAAUUUUACGCUUUUUGCUUUUAACGUAAAUUAUUUGUUAUUGCAAAAGGAUUGUUUCCUUGUCAUCUUUGUUUUAUUGCUAGCUAGCAAUUUAAUCCUUAAAUUCGGUAUUAAUUUACGGAUUCCACAGUAAUUUUUAAUUCGCCAAAUUUAACUCAGCUAUAGUUAAUUGUAAUAAGUACAUUAAUAAUGUUAAAUGAUGCACGUUCGAUUUAAAAUUAUACCCAUUGAGGCAGCGAGAUUCGAAAUUAUUUUUUCUAAAUUUAAAACGAACGAGCACAAGCGCACACGAAGCGACAAACUAAUUUAGGUGCAUACCGAUAUCAAAUUGUAAAUAAAAUUGGUAGAUUGAUGUAAGUUAAUUAGUUUAAGAUAGAUGUUUUAGUACGGUCGUUAGUUUCGAAGCAUUUUAUAGGCCGUAGAGGUAUAUUUAGUCAAGUAUAUAUUUUAAAAAUAUAAUAUUUUAGUGAAUAAGAAAAGACGCUAUACACUGAA